AACCCGGAACAUCGAUGUUAUUUAUGCCAAGUCUUGCGAAAAGCACUUGAAGUUUGAAUGGAAAAAGUACUCAGCCGCAUUUAAUAUAAUAGUGUUCCUAUUCGUCUUUAAGUUGAUAGCUCUAAACAUUCAAUAAUUUGUUCUGUCAGUGUCAUCAUCUUCGUAAAGGCGAGGAAAUCGAAGUGUCUGGGAUCAAUGGCAGAAGUAUCUUUUUUUCUUCGAUUUGCACUUCGUUAUGGAUCACUUAUGAUAGGGUGCAUAUAUGCAAUAAUGGCAGUCUUCCGCGUACUUGUAGGCGUCGUAAAGAAAGGACCCCAGACAAUAUUUUUCUCGAAGAGACGACCGCGUCCCCCGAGGUGCAUGCAAGAUCCAGCACUAGGUGUAAAUGGAUAUGCCUAUUUGGAGAAUGCUCGUCUGCAUUAUGUGAGCAAUGGCAGCGAGGACAAGCCGCUAAUGUUGCUGGUGCAUGGCUUUCCUGAAUUCUGGUACUCCUGGCGAUAUCAGUUAAAGGAGUUUAGUAGCCAUUACAGAGUGGUUGCUGUAGACCAAAGAGGUUACGGAGAUUCAGACAAGCCCAGCAGUGUAUAUGACUAUCGACUGCCUAUGCUUGUCAAUGAUCUGAAGGAGUUGAUCAUUGCACUUGACUACAAGAAGUGUGUGUUGGUUGGUCAUGACUGGGGUGGCAUUGUCGCUUGGGCUUUUGCCCAGACUGUUCCUGAUAUGGUAGAGCACUUGAUUGUCAUGAACGCACCAUCACCCCAUGCCUUUUUAAAUCAUGCCUCAAACAGUCUCAGCCAGCUGAAGAAGUCUUGGUACUUUUUCUUUUUCCAAGUACCUUACAUACCUGAGCUGAUUAUAAGUUUGCUUGACUUUGAUUUCUUAUCAAAUGCCUUCACUGGAAAAACCAUGGGUGUUCGAUCAGGCAGUGUGACAGAGGAUGAUGUAGAGGCAUACAAAUUCACCUUCCAGCGUAAUGGUUUGACAGCACCCAUUAACUUCUAUCGAGGGCUUGUGCGCUAUCCAGAUUUUGCUUUUUCCCGGUUACAAUCUCUGCAAUCCAAAGUUAUGUGCCCAACACUCAUCAUCUGGGGAUGCAAGGACGGGGCACUGGAAAAGGAACUGGCUGCCCUUUCUACAGAGAUGGUGGCAGGGGAGGUAACUGUCAAAUAUAUUGAAGACUGCAGCCACUGGACCCAGAUGGAUAGACCUGAACAGGUCAACACGUUUAUUCAUGAGUUUCUAAAGCAAAACUGAAACUAUGGACAUGCAGAAAAAUACCUGUUGCUAAAGAAGACCAAUGUCCUAAGAAAUAUAUAGGCAUGGCUAUGAUGUUUUUCCUUGUGCCUCAGAUUUCUUUGGCUCUUGGACAGUAAAUUCUUUUCUCAGAGACAACAGAUUAAUCACAUUAAUGCUAUUUUUAUCUUCUUUAAAUAAAUAUGAAAUGAAUUUAAAGACAUUGUAAAGAUUAUUUUUUUUAUAUAUAAAAUCAACCAUUUCAUCAACAUUUGAGAGAUCUGCCAACUUUUAAUCACAUUUGUGAAUUUGAAUGGAAUUUUUUUAAUCACAUUCUGCAGACAUGUUAUAUUGAAUUGAUAACAUUUGUUUUUAUGGAUGUUAUGGAUAUUAAUUAUGUCUGACAAACUGAACAAGUCAUUUGGCAUUCUGAAGAAGUGCGGUGUAGUGGAACAAAUUAUUUUACUGAUAAUAUAUAUACGUGAUCUUCAAUUUUGAGAUCUCUAAUUGCUAUCCCAUAGUUGAGAUUUGGCAUGAUUAAGUUCUAUGGAUGAUUGUACAUGAGUGAUUGUUGUAUGUGUAACAAUGGGUGAGAGUGAAUAAAAAUUUAUUUACUUAUAUAUAUAAAAGUUUCACCUGCUUUAAUUCUUAUUAUUUUUCUUUAUAAAAGACAUUCCCUUUACUUCUGGGGAGCCAUAUAUUGUUUUUCUUCUGUGGCUGUUUUGACAGCCGAUAUUGUUGUUAAUCAGUAAAUCUUAAUAAAAUGCGUACAAAGUUGAAAU